UUGAAGAAGCUGGGUUGCAACACGCAGCGGGGAGGGGGAGAGACUGGCGUCCUCCACACUUCUGUCAUGAGUUUAUUCGGCACGGAAAAGUAGAUUUUGAGUCCGAACCGAAGCACCAAGAAGACCUGCGACUGACUUUUGAGCCCCUUCUCCUCGCACAAUGUGAUGGUGCAAUAUGGACGAACUGCCCUGGAACAGAUAAAAACGCGAAGGAUAGAAGAAGCAAGAGAAGACUGAGACAUUUCAACAGAGAGAAAGUACUUAUCACCGACCCACACAAGACAUCAUGUCCACCGUGAUAAAGCAGGAGAGAACCAUUUGUGUUCUCCUCCCCAACAAAGACCAGCUGGACAUCACUGUUGGGCCAAAGUCCACAGGACAGGAUGUUUUUAAUCGAGUGGCAGAACUUCUUGGGAUCAAAGAGCUGCACUUUUUUGGCUUCACAGUAGUGAGAGACAAUGAGCACAUCUUUUUAGACAUGGAGGAGAAACUCACCAAAUACUUUCCUAAGGAAUGGAAGCAAGAUCUUGGAAAGGGAUUACUGAAGAGACCCUUGCCUCAAGUGCUCUGCCUCAAAGUGCAGUACUACAUAGAAAACGGUAGACUCUUUUGUGAACGUAAGGCACGACAUAUAUACUACUCUGACUUGCGGGAGCGGGUGCUUCGCUCUGAAUGUCGUCAGAAGGAGGAGGUUUACUUCCAGCUGGCUGGUUACGCCUUGCAGGCUGAUCUCGGGGACCACCCGCUGCCCAGGCAGGAUAUGGAGGUCACUCCUUACUUUGAACCCAAGGAGUACUUUCCCCCAUGGAUUGUAGCUAAGCGUGGAGUGAGCUACCUCCUCUGCCAUGGGCCCAAGGUGCAUCAGGAGCUGUGGGGCAUGUCUACUCGUGAUGCCAUGCUGCUCUUCAUCAAGGAGGCAUGUCGACUGGAGGAUGUACCCGUCACGUUUUACAGACUGCAAAAGGACAAGAAAGAAGAGAGAGGAACGGCAUUGCUCGGUCUGACCCUGCGAGGAAUGCAGGUUUAUCAGGAGGUAAACAACAUGCGACAGAUGCUGUACGACUUCCCCUGGUCAAAUGUUGGACGUCUCACCUUCCUGGGUAAGAAAUUCGAGAUCCAGCCAGAUGGCUUGCCAUCAGCCAGGAAGCUGGUGUACUACACUGGGUCAUCUUUUCGCUCUCGCCACCUCCUCCUGCACCUGAGCAGCAGCCAUCGCCUCUACCUCAGCCUCCAGCCUGCCCUCAAACACCUACGCCAGCUGGAGGACAGCGAAGAUAAAAAGCGUUACAGAGAGUCAUACAUCAGUGAUGACCAGGACCCCCCUGACAGUGAGAGCAGCCCUGGUCUCUCCCGACACUCCACCGGCAGCUCUGGGAUUGAAGCUGACGCCCGCCAACACAGCAUCUCCACAGAGAUGGCCUCCAUGGAGGAGGAGGGUCAACGGCGAGCAGAGAAGUGUUUCAGCUCAGCAGCCAUCCGUGGCAGCUCCCGUACCUUCGGGUUCGACACAGCCAGUAAGGCUCGAACAGAAGACGAGGGGUGGCAAGAGGAAGAGAUCAAAACCAAUUUUGGAAGUCCAAGGGAGGUCCUUGUGGAUGAUCCUGAAGAGCUGUUCCAUUUGGCUGAUCGUCUUGAAGGAGUGUCAGUGGAUUGUUCAGAACUCUCCUUAGAGACUCGUUCACCAGAAAACAAAGCGUGUCCCCAAGACAUUGAUGGUGACCUCGGAAAAUUAUGUAACAAGGAUACGUUAGAACAGUUGCUGAACUCUAGGGCACAAGUUUGCGUGGAUCGGCACAGCCACAGUCUAGAUGAUGUACGUCUGUUUCCACCUCCAGCACCCCUGGGGACCACACUGCCACCCGAUUCCUCCCACAGCUAUACCUUUGGCCUCCCAGAUGUCUCAAAAAACACAAAGACCCCUGUUGAUCAGAGUUAUUACACUCUUUUGCACUGCCAAGCCAAACCUUCCUUUUAUGGCCGCAGGUCUACUAACUGCCUCUCCCUGGACAUGUUAAGUGACGAACAGUUCCUGGAAUUCAUACUUUGAAUACGCCAAUUACUUCCACAAAUACGCCUUCUCUUCAUUUAUUUACAGUGCAGCUGACUUGUAGGUUGCCAACACAUGAAUGUCUCAAGUGUCUUGUUUUUUUUACUGCAUGUGUUGAUUAUGACAACACGGGAUGUGUGUGUGUUUCAAUUUGCAGAGAGACAUUAUUGAAAAUGACAAGACCCCUCAUUUCUCAUAGAAAAGCUGUGGAUUAGAGAACAGAUCUAAUUCAGCAACAUUUCAAUUGGUAAACAAAGCAUAUUUAUUAAUGUUGUAUAUUGUGUACAUACUGCUUGCACUAUUUUAUUACAUUUCUUAUUGGUUUUAUUUUCUUUUAUAAGUUCAUGCUGUUAAAAUGUCUGAACAGGGUUAAUGUCAGGGGCAUAACGUUUGACAGUAACAGACAUUUUCCAUGCUAAUGUAAACACUUACAUUUUCUUGUUUUAUUCAGGAGAAACUCUGUAAGCCACAGUGCUAAUGUUUGUGCUCUUGUAUCUUUUAUACUGUUUUUAAAAACAUCAUAUUUUAUAAUAUACUCUAUUUUUCUAUAGUGUGCUCUGUCAUGCUCUUCUUAUUAGUCUGCUACAGCAAUGUAGCUGCUGAUGUGGAAAAUUGAACCUCUUUACAGCUGGUUAUGCAUUCAUCCAAAGCUUUUCUAUUCAAUACUCUCCCCUCGCUGUUGUAAUUACAACAGAAAGUGUUCUUUGUAAAGCACUAUUUCUGUAACCAGUAGGUGUAUAAUGAAUCUGCAGUAUUUUUGUAUUAUGUAACCCCCAAACAAAGAGCCUCUCUGUCUUCUUUUCUCAGACAUUAUCUUCUCUGUUUUGUAAAUGAUAAUUGGUAUGCAAAAUAACUGAUGUCUUUAGCCUAUAUGAACGCAGUUUGAACGAUUUCAAGUCUGUAAACACUUUCUUCCAAUGCCAAUAAUGUAUGAACAAAUGUCAGAAAUUCACAAUACCCAACAAUUCAUUUUUUUUUUUAUCUAAAGCAACGGUUUUUUUUUUUUACGAUAGUUAAAAUAAAUUCUUAA